UGUAAAUGCAUCAUAAACAGACAGCCCAGAAUGAAGAAAGCAAGCAGGAGUGUUGGCUCAAUGCCCAAAGUGCCUGGAGUAAAUAAAACUCAAACAACUGAAAAAGCCAAACCAGAAAGUGGCUCCUCAGUGUCUGCAGUAACAAAACUCUCCAAAACUGGGACAUCAGCAUCUCUUUUGAAGACUAAGAGUAACGAUGACCUCUUAGUGGGAAUGGCUGGUGGUGGUGGAGUGACAAUGACCAAUGGUGUCAAGGCAAAGAAAAGCACUUGUGUAUCAACAGCAUCUUCAUCUUCAGGGGCAACCAUGAACAGUCUGGAAAAUAAACCCAAAACUGUUGCAGGUACAAGUUCCACAACUAAGCGUAGCACUUCAUCUGGAAAUAAAGAGUCAAGCUCUUCUAGAGAAAGAAUACGUGAUCGUUCCCGCGUGAGCCAGAGCAAAAAGCUGCCUUUGACCGGGCAGGGGACUAACGAUACAGUACUGGCAAAGCGCUCCCGUAGUCGCACCAAUCCAGAAUCAGAUGUUCGAAUGAGCAAGUCCAAAUCAGAUAAUCAAAUCAGUGACAAGGCUGCACUGGAAGCAAAGGUGAAUGAUCUUUUGACGUUAGCAAAAACUAAAGAUGUGGAAAUCUUGCAUCUGAGGAAUGAGCUGAGGGAUAUGCGUGCUCAGCUGGGACUUAACGAAGAUCAACUUGAAGGCGAUGAAAAAUCUGAAGAAAAAGAGGCCAUUGUUGUCCAUCAGCCAACUGAUGUAGAGUCAACAUUGCUACAGUUACAGGAACAAAACACUGCCAUCCGAGAAGAGCUCAACCAGCUGAAGAAUGAGAAUCGAAUGUUGAAAGACAGACUAAAUGCAUUAGGCUUUUCUUUGGAGCAAAGGCUGGACAACUCUGAAAAACUAUUUGGCUAUCAGUCUUUGAGUCCAGAGAUUACAGCUGGCAACCACAGUGAUGGUGGUGGUACUCUGACAUCUUCAGUGGAAGGUUCUGCUCCUGGAUCAAUGGAAGACUUGUUAAGUCAGGAUGAAAACACUUUGAUGGACAACCAACAUAGUAAUUCCAUGGAUAAUUUAGACAGUGAGUGCAGUGAAGUUUAUCAGCCACUGACAUCAAGCGAUGAUGCCUUAGAUGCUCCAUCAUCUUCGGAGUCUGAAGGCGUACCAAGUAUAGAAAGAUCUAGGAAGGGAAGCAGUGGCAACGCAAGCGAAGUGUCCGUAGCUUGUCUGACAGAACGGAUACAUCAGAUGGAGGAGAAUCAACACAGUACAGCUGAAGAGCUCCAAGCCACGCUUCAAGAGCUUGCAGAUUUGCAACAAAUAACACAAGAGCUAAACAGUGAGAAUGAAAGACUUGGAGAGGAAAAAGUAAUCCUUAUGGAAUCUUUGUGCCAGCAGAGUGACAAAUUAGAACACUUCAGCCGUCAAAUUGAGUAUUUUCGGUCACUUUUAGAUGAACAUCAUAUUUCAUAUGUAAUUGAUGAAGAUAUGAAAAGUGGUCGCUACAUGGAGUUAGAGCAGCGUUAUAUGGACCUUGCAGAGAACGCUCGAUUUGAGCGAGAGCAGCUGCUAGGUGUUCAGCAGCACUUGAGCAACACUUUGAAGAUGGCAGAACAAGACAACAAGGAGGCCCAAGAAAUGAUAGGGGCAUUAAAAGAACGAAAUCACCACAUGGAACGGAUUAUUGAGUCAGAGCAGAAAAGCAAAACAGCGAUAGCAUCUACCUUAGAGGAGUACAAAGCCACAGUAGCCAGUGACCAGAUUGAGAUGAACAGGCUGAAAGCUCAGUUAGAGCAUGAAAAGCAGAAAGUGACUGAGUUGUAUUCUAUUCACAACUCUGGAGAUAAAUCAGAUAUACAAGAUUUGCUGGAGAGUGUCAGGCUGGAUAAAGAAAAAGCAGAGACGUUGGCCAGUAGUCUGCAAGAAGAGCUGGCACACACUCGCAAUGAUGCCAAUCGACUGCAAGAUGCCAUUGCUAAGGUCGAAGAUGAAUACAGAGUGUUCCAAGAAGAAGCCAAGAAACAAAUUGAGGAUCUCAAUGUGACUCUAGAAAAACUUCGGACAGAACUAGAUGAAAAAGAGACUGAGAGAAGUGACAUGAAAGAAACUAUCUUUGAGCUGGAGGAUGAAGUCGAGCAGCAUCGUGCUGUGAAGCUUCAUGACAAUCUCAUCAUUUCUGAUUUGGAGA